AUGAUUGAAGACGUGGCCAUUUUUGAACAGGCUGCCAAGAAAUCAUGGCAAUCGUUUAGUACAAUGCGACGUUUUGUCGAUGAAGCUACACGUUUGGAAAAUGCCAGUUGGCGUCUUUGGUUCAUACAAUGUACUCGUGGUCAUGAACGACACGAUAAACAAGAUACAGAAGAUGUGAAUGAUAAUGUCACGGAAAGUCUUCGACCAGUUUGUGUCUAUUGUGAACUACAUUGUGCUAGUUUAAGCUGCAAUGGCUGUUGUCAUGAUGCUUACUGUGUCAGUUGUUUUAAAUUGAUUCACAAGAAGGGUAAUUUAGCGACUCAUACAGCUGUCAAGAUUUACAUUUAUGCAGAAAGAGAAGGAAAUAGUAGCAGUGGCACAUCAAUAAGUGGAGAAGAGGCCGAUAUCUCGACAACAUCACAUCGAUCGUUGUGUAACAAGAACGUGGAAAGUGAUGUUCAAGUUUUGAAUGGAGAGAUGAGACAAGGAUCUUUGCAACACAAGACAGAUGGAUCUAUUUUCAACAAACCGUGGGAAUUACAGAUGGAUAUGUUGCUCCAGCGACUUAUGAUAAAUAGUCUACACAAUGACUUGGACAUCAGUGUGCACAAUAUUGAUGCUCGUGGUUUGCUGGGCUCAAGUGCCUCGGACGUUGAAGAUACGGCACUACUGCUGCGUACUGGCGAUACAGGCGAGUCGGACGAAAAUGCGAGGGAAAAGUCAAACCAGGCAGUCGUAGCGGCUGCAGUUGCCGCUGCCGGCCGACACCGAGCACACUCAUUUACUAUUGAGGAAAAUGGGAAGUUACGCUCACCGGUAGUGUCGCCGAUGGUGAUCCACCCGUUACACCCUCUUGGUGUGGAUGGCAAUACGAAAGAUCUUGCAUUGCCGGUAAAUUUGUUCGUCAAGGGUUUGUCUCGAACUAACAAUCGUCGAAAGGACUUGCAGACAUGCGCGAACUGUAAUGGAAAUCAUAUAACGGUAAAGUGUCCGCUACUGGAAAGCGCCCUAUUCUCUCCUGCGACUACUACAGCGCCUGGAGGAUCUGGAGUGGAUACAGCGCUGCGAAAGUGUUUUACUACAAUUCACAAUAGCACGAUGUCAAACAGCGCGCACGCAUUCCUGGGCGACGAAGCCAGUGUUCGUGGAGGUAGUAAUUUUGCCAACACGAAACAAUGGCCAUCCAGCAACGCCUUGCAGCAGAUGGACCGACCAUCACCAUAUGGGAUGAACGUGAUUGCUGAAGAUAAUUCGAUGGCGAGUGAUGACAUCGCACCACUGCUAGAAGAACUUGCAGUACCGAACGCAGGAGGCCACCUUCAUUCGUGGAGUGCAGACUCAUGGUUACUAUCGUGCUUGGCGACCGAACUACCUUCCGAUGUGUUUGAGCAGUUACGAGGGCUAGGACGUGGAGAUAAACAUUGGCCUUUUUCAACGGGACCUGACUCGGCUGGGAUGGCUCUUACGGGCUGGGCCCACCUGAAGGUACCGGGGCAAAAGUGGCGCAAACGGUUUAUGUCAUUGUACCGCAACGACCUCUGGGAGUACUUGGAUGUCAAUGAGACGAGUCGGCCAGUGGGUCACGCUAAUUUAUUUGAGGGAUCCGUGCACCAGCAACAGCGGAGCACGGUCGAGUUCGUGCUAAAGUACAAUACUCGGUCGUCGAUGUUAUCAGAACGCAAUGAGCUGUGGCUGAAAUUUGAUUUUGAAAAGGAUGCAGUGCAGUGGAGAGCGAUGAUAACGCGGGCUACGAAGCUGCAAAUUGAGGACUUGUUCGACCUUACCCCAGAUUCGCCAACAGAAAAAACCGGAAACAACGUUGAGCUAGGCAAAGGACGUUUUUCUGUCGUUCGCCGUGCACGCAGGAAAGCAUUCACGAAGGACUCUUCUAGCUCACGAUGUUGCGCUCUCAAGAUCAUUGAGAAGACUGUUUUUUGGGACUUGGUAGCCUGCGAAACAGAGCGCGAAGACACGGUGGUGCGAGAAAUAUUGACGCAGAGUUUGCUGACGGUCCGCUCGGGCUCUUCAUACUGCCCGGUGAUUCGACUUCAGUCUCUGUUUGAAACGCGUGACCAUUUAGUCAUGGAGCUGGAGCUUAUGAGAGAUGGAGAUCUGCAUGACGAAAUUGCGACCAAUAGUGCGGUGGACGAGACUCGUGCCUCAUUCUUGAUUGCUAGCCUCGUGCAGGCAAUUGAUUAUUGCCAACGAAAUGGCGUUGUCCAUCGAGAUGUGAAGCUCUCCAAUCUUGCGCUAGACUAUGAACGCAGCGCAAAUGGCAAAGAAUACUCGGUGAUCAGAGUUGCUGACUUUGGCAUGGCAGCAUUUAUCCAACCAGAUGGAAUGCUAAAGGGAAGAUGUGGAACUCCUGGUUUCGUCGCACCGGAAAUUCUAUCAGCAGGUAAAGGUGAAGCAUACCCAAGCGGAGUAGAUAUGUUCUCUGCGGGUGUUGUGGCCUACACAAUGUUGUGCGGCUACGAGCCUUUCUUUGGUGUAAACGACGAAGAGCUUAUUCAAAUGAACAAGCGGGUUGAGUACGAGUUUGAAGAACCAGAAUGGGCGAGCAUUUCCGACGAAGCUAAGGACAUGAUUUCUCUCAUGAUGGAAAAGGAUCCUUACAAGCGGGUAACGCCAAGGGAAGUGCUAAAGCAUCCAUUCUUGCGGGAUGCACACGCCACGCUGGAGAAUCUCAUUCGAGAACAAGAACCUAUUAACCCGACUCGAUUGCUAUGA